AUGUUUUCCAGGGAUAUAGCAAUAGGAAUAAUGUUCUUAUCACAGACUACAGUUGGAAUUCUUGGUAAUUUCUCUGUUCUUUACUAUUAUUUAGUCCUUUACUACCAAGACUGCACAUUAAGGUCCACAGACAUGAUUCUGAAGCACCUUUUUAUAGCCAACUUUUUCAUCAUCCUCUCUCAUGGAGUUCCCCAUACAAUGGCAGCUUUUGGGUUGAAACAUUCCUUCAAUGAUUUCAGCUGCAAAAUCCUUUUGUACAUUCACAGACUGGGCAGAGGUGUGUCCACUGCGAUGACAUGCCUCUUGAGUGUCUUCCAGACUAUCAUGAUCAGCCCCAUGAACUCCUGUUGGAAGGACCUUAAAGUAAAAGCCCCAAGGUACACUGAAUCUUCCAUUUCCCUCUGCUGGAUCCUGUAUGUGGUGAUAAGUUUCAUUUUUCCUAUACAUGCAUAUGUCAAACAGAAUAGCAAAAAUAUGACAAAGAGCAGAUAUUUUGGAUUCUGUUCUACUGAAGGUAAUAACAUUAUUUCCUCAAUAUAUUUAGUAUUAUUUAUAUUCCCUGAAGUUUUAUUUUCUGUGCUCAUAAUUUGCAGCAGUUGUUCCGUGAUCAUCUUUCUCUAUAAGCAUAAGCAGCAGGUUCAAUAUAUUCGCACUGUGGCUUCCCGCAGAGCCUCCCCUGAGUCCAGAGCUACACACAGCAUCUUUGUCCUGGUGUGCACAUUUGUGAUUUUUAACACUGUUUCCUCCAUAUUGUAUAUUUAUGUUGCUUUCAUGCAUCAUCCCAGUGUGUGGUUGGUGAACAUCAGUGCCCUCCUUUCUGUGUCCUUUCCCACGGUCAGCCCCUUUGUUUUCAUGAGGAGACACUCUACUGUACUGAGGCUCUGCUUUGUCUGGAUAAGAAAUCCAAGAAUUGGUCAAUCAUAA